AGUGAAGGUCAGUCUAAAUUGUUUCCAUUAUUAGUUACAUUACUCACUAACUAUUAAAUAACAAGCACUUGAAACUAUCCUGUUAUCAAGUUAGAGCACUUUUCGUGAUAAUAAAUACAUCUGCACCUGUUCGGUAUUAUCAGUAAGUGUAAUACAAUACAAAUUCAACCAUGGCUCCUACUUUGUACAUGAUUGCUCCAAGCCCUCCGGUUAGGUCAGUCCUUAUAACCGCAAAAGCCCUUGGAAUCCAACUCCAGGAGAAAGCUGUUGAUUUCCAGAAAGGGGAACACCUACAACCUGAAUACUUGAAAAUCAACCCCCAACACACCGUUCCAACCCUCGUGGACGAUGACGGCUUCAUCGUGUGGGACAGCCACGCCAUCAACCCUUACCUCGUCUCAAAAUACGGAAAGAACGACUCCCUCUACCCCAAAGACUUGAAAAAACGGGCCAUUGUGGACCAGAGGCUCCACUUCGACUCGGGGGUGGCUUUUGCCAGAGGCAUCACCAUCAUAGGUCAAAUUCUGCGCGAAGGUAAAACCAGUUUGACGGACAAGGACAAGGAAAGUCUGACUCAAGUGUACGAAUUCUUGGAGGCCUUCCUCGACGGAAAACAGUGGAUGGCUGGUGACUCCGUCACCAUCGCCGACUACAACCUCUACGCCACCAUCUCCGGAAGCAACGUCCUCGUCCCCGUGGACUCCCAGAAGUUUCCAAAAGUGGCAGCUUGGCUUAAGAAAGUCGACGCUUUGCCUGAAGCGGAAGUGAGCAAGAAGGGGCUGGAGGUCUUCACUACCAUGAUGAAGAGUAAAUUGCACCGCUUCAAAGCGCGAACGACCGAUCAACUCGUAACGGGUACCGGCUACUAUGAAUCAAUGACUCAUUCACACCACAAGUUCUGUGACCGGUGUAGUGUGAACAGCGUCACUAUGGCUCCCACUUUGUAUAUGCUUCCGGCUAGUCCUGCUGUUCGAUCGGUUCAGAUCACAGCGAAAGCGAUCGGGUUGCAGAUGGAGGAGAAAUUGGUGGAUUUGAGCAAGGGGGAGCAUUUGAAGCCCGAGUACCUAAAGCUUAACCCACAACACACAGUUCCCACCCUUGUGGACGACGACGGUCUUACCAUCUGGGACAGCCACGCCAUCAACGCCUACUUGGUUUCAAAAUACGCCAAAAACGACUCUCUCUACCCCAAAGAUCUGGCAAAACGCGCCAUAAUAGACCAACGACUACAUUUCGACAGUGGGGUAGCAUUCCCAGCCGGAGCCAGAAUUACCGCCGCCAUCCUUCGAGCGGGGAAAAAAUCCAUCGACGAUUCCGACAAAGAAAGCGUAAACGCUGUGUACGCCUUCCUGGAAGCCUUCCUCGAAAAGAAAUCCUGGAUGGCUGGAGAGUCCGUCACCAUCGCUGACUACAACCUGUACGCCACGGUCACCACUUUGAACGUCUUGGUACCUCUCGAUGGGCAAAAGUACCAGAAGUUGUCUGCUUGGGUGAAGAAAGUCGACGGGUUGUCGGAAGCUGAAGCUAACAAAAAGGGGAUCGCUGGGUACGAAGCCAUGAUCAAGAGUCUGUUGGCUUAGAUGUUCUAAUACUAGUGUGUAUAUAUUUAUAUUUAAUAAAUACGAUUUUUCUCCCAACAA